AUGGACAUCCAAACAGAACCUCUGGACCUAUCCACCAAAGCUAGCUCAUCCAGGAUCCUUAGCAUCAUCGACAUAAAAUUCCUAGCUGGCCUGAACAGUCACCUAGCCAGGCUGUAUGAGCGAACCAAUCUGGUCGGUACCAGUGAGAGCUUCUGCAUACCGCAGAGAAACGUUGGCGCGAAGAAUGUGCUGCCUUGCGACGUCUGCCUGAAGACCUUUGACAGACCCUCGCUACUUAAGAGGCAUAUGCGGACACAUACUGGUGAAAAACCACACAAAUGUCCCGAAUGUGGAAAAUGUUUUACCGCCAGCUCCAAUCUCUAUUAUCAUCGAAUGACGCACACCAAGAAUAAGCCCCACAAGUGUGCCUGGUGCCCACGCUCGUUCCCAACGCCGGGCGAGCUGCGCGCACACUCGCACACCCAUGCACAUACACACGCCGUUCAAGCACAGAUACAGCGGUAUAAAACUCGGAGGCUGCCUUUUCCUACGUAG